AUGAUAAAACAAGAAAGUGCAUGCUAUAUACCACUUAUUGGAUCUGCUAUUGCAGGUGAUUCGGAAUUACAAUCAACAAAUGAAGUGAAUGAAAUUAAUUUGGAUAAAGAGAAGCAAUUAUUCACCGAAUAUGUCAACACACAUGAUGUAGAUGGAAUCGGAACAUAUUUAAAGUCUCGCUUACAACAAUGGGAACAAUAUUCUUUGGAUAUUGCUGUCACUGGAGAGACUGGUGCUGGAAAAUCAAGUUUUAUCAAUGCAAUACGAGGAGUGAAACCCAAUAUUCGACUAGCUGCCAAAGCUGGUGUGAUUGAAACCACCAAAAAACCUAAAGAUUAUCAACAUCCACUACAUAGAAAGUUAACAUUUUGGGAUUUACCAGGUUGUGAAACAGAGGAGUUUCCUCGUGACAAGUAUCUUAAGAUAAUUGGUUUUGAACGAUUCGAUGCUGUAAUUAUUAUAUCCAGUGAACGUUUUACAGAACGUGACAAUAUUCGCAACGCUAAAAAUGAUUCAGCUCCUCCAUUUGAUGAACAUGCCAAAUUAGCAAAGAUACGGGCUGAUUGUUUCGCACAAUUGCCUCAAAAUUCACGUCCGCAGAAAAUUUAUUUAUGUAGUAGUCGUCAGCAAGACUUACAUCGAUGGGAUAUGGAUGAUUUUAUGCAUGAUCUUUGCCAAGCGUGUCCUCAACUGAAACGUGAAUCCUUUGUCUUUUUAAUCAAUGCACAUUGUCGAGAAGCUCUUCGAUUAAAGGUUGAAUAUCUUCGAAGACGGCAAUGGUUUGUAUGUAGUGCUAUUGCUGCAGCUGCUAUUCUUCCUGUUCCUGUUUUUUCUCAAAAUAUCAAUCUUAUAGCUUUUCUAACUGAAGCAAAAGAAUAUCGCCAACAGUUGGGUCUAUGCAAUAAAGUUGUCGAACGUUUGAUGGAAUUGAAGGUCACAUCACCAGAAUAUAUUCAACAGACAAUCGAUUCAAUAUUACCUGUUUUAGAUGAUCAAACUUUUGAAGAAGUAUUCAGAAAUUUCUUAUUUAAUCGCUAUGCAGCCAUUGCUCAUUGUGUACCUGUUGUUGGCAGUGUUCUUGCAGUGCAAACCGUAUUAGAAACUCUAGAUUACUUUCUCAACUUGAUGAAAAAAGUUGCAUUGAUGUUGAUUGAUAUGCAUCUCAUUGAUAUUCCCUUAUCACCAUCAUCACCAACGUCUACAACUAAACAUUCUGAUAUUGAAGUCAUUUCAUAA